GACCAAAGCACUUCCACAGUUGCGCCGCCCAACACGUAGACGCGGCACCACCUGCUGCCACUGCUGCCACUGCUGCCACAGCGUGCCUCGGACACACUCGCUGCCUCCCGUCCCCCGGUCGCCAUUCUCACCCCUCUGCGACGCCCACUGUUCGCUACCGCCCCCGAGCCGCUCCGCACGCAGCCCGCCAGUCCGCCAACGUCUUCCCCGCGCGCUGCUCCAGACCGACACGCACGACCACGCACCGCUUCUCCCCCGAGAGCGCCCCGACCAUGCGAGACGGGCCGUGCGCAUAGGCUGCGGUUAUGAGUGCCGCUGCUCCCUUGCCUCCACCCGGUCUGCGCCCCUCAUAUGCUAUGAACGGCUCGGGCCAUGGUGCAGAUGGCUGGAGGGGCAGCAAUGCGGGUGGUGCUGGCGGCCCCUUCCCGCCCAUCGCCGAAAUCACCGCCUCUGCGACUGAGAAGGCGAAUGAGAUGAGAAGCCUGACGAUUGGCCAUCUUCUUGAACAAGCCAGAUACCACAUGACCCAGGCCGUGACGUCGAUCCAGGGCCGUCAGUCACCCGCUGCUGCUUUCUGGGAGUAUCUUGUUGCCUACAAGCUUGUUGUCGACGUCAUCCCACGCCACAGAGACUAUCUUGACCGCGUCGAAACCGCCCGCGGCCAGCUACAUCGAGAUUUCAAUCAGGUCCUCAAGGAAGUCGGAGCGAAUGAGGACAGGUUCACGAAUAUCAAGAACAUUAUCACCAACGACAAUAAACGAAAUGGUGCCCAGCAUCUGCCUUCACAGCCCUCCUCGCGCCCCACUUCGACCAACGGCAUCCGUGCCCGACGUGACGAUGAGCUCAUGCUUCCCGACGUGCCUCCUGGCCCGCCCGUUGGUCGUUCAGCUCCAGCAGUUCCGCUAGAAUCCCCACGGCGAAAGCCGCCCGUCCAUCCAAAACCUCAAUCAUUGCAUGGUCGUGCUGUUCACCAGAGUACCUCUUCCGUCAACGGCGUAACCGUCAAUGACUUGAGCGAACGAUUCGCAAAACUCAGAGGUACUGCUGCACCAAUUGAUACGUCUUCUGGACGCUCAAGCAUGGACCUCUCGGUGAAGAUGCCCUCGCCUUCAGACUACUCGUCCCAUCCUCGAGGCCCACGUGAUAUGCCUCCACCAACCCAUCUUCCACCCCCACCCCCAAUAGCGCUCAACACGCAGUGGGCAGCGUCCCUGCCGAAAGAGCCAAGCCCUACUUACAGCCCCGCGCGGAACCUUUCUCUGCCCGGCAACAUCAACCCUCCCCGUAGUACACCAAGGAGCAUGGUCGGCACGGGCGGCCGCAAUAACUCUAUCGCCUCUAGCGCAUCGUACCAAGCACCCAACGCGAAUGGCCAAUCCGACAGCUACUUUCCAGCACCCGCCAAUGCGUCAGUGGAUUUAUCGUCGAGAAGAAAGUCCGUGACUAAGCCCGCGGAGAGCCAAAUUACUGCUGAAAAGCUGUAUGACUACAUCCGGAUGUACAACGUUCUCUUGAUCGAUGUCCGGAGCAGGGAAGAGUUCGAUGCAGGCCACAUCUUUAUUCACACUAUCAUGUGUGUGGAGCCAGCCAGUCUCCAGGAUGGUUUCUCUGCCGAACAGCUUCAGGAACGACUGGUAAUCUCGCCCGAUGAAGAGUUGGCCUUAUUCGAGCGGCGUCAUGAGUUUGACCUGGUCGUCUACUAUGAUGAGUCUACAAAAACAAAUUCGUUUCUCAACAAGUAUAAUCCGAAUGAACGCGAACGGCCGCUAAAGCAAAUGUACGAGACUUUGCACGAAUUCAACCAUGACAAGCCUCUACAACGGCCACCUAUUUUCUUGAUGGGAGGUAUCGAUGCCUGGGCUGAAUUGGUCGGCACUCAAGCGCUGAAGAUGACAUCGACCGCAGCGUUGGUCGCUAGCGGGCAGACGAGAACGCAUCCAGUAAGACGCGCGCCCCGCCCGACACGUAUUUUGACACAGAGCCGAAAGACCUCAGGGCGGCGCGACUACACGCCAAUGGAUUUAGACGAACAGAAUAGGUUGCUCGAAGAAGCAAGACGGGGACGAGCUGUCGUAGAGCAGCCCCCUCAGGAGGAGGAUGAAGACGAUGCCGAAUCGCCCAUGUAUCGGACGACUGAGGACUUCUUGCGGAGAUACCCAGACUUGGAAGACCAACAAUCGAUGAUGUACCCUCCACCACGACCGCAACAAGCGAGCCCGUAUGUCCAGCCUCCGAUACCUCCUGCGCCAUCACGACCAGCGCCAUCUGUUCCUAGGCCUAGCUACACGGGAGUUCACGAACGGCAGCUUACUCGCCAAUCCAGCGGUAAUCAACCACCGGUUUAUGUGUCAAGUGGCCGGGGUGCAUCAAAUCGUCUUCACAGGACUGGUCUAAUCAAUUUCGGCGUAACCUGCUACAUGAACUCGGUGGUUCAGUGUCUGAGUGCCAAUCCUAACCUCACCAACUGGUUCCUCAGUGGGCGGUAUGCAGAAUAUCUGCAGAAGCGCAACUGGAAGGGCACCGAAGGAAUCCUCCCCGAAGCAUACGCCACGCUCCUCUCAAAUUUGUACAAAGGCGACACUUCCGCCAUUCGGCCAUCUACAUUUCGGAAAGUAUGUGGGCGAUUCAACCAAACCUGGCAACUGGACGAGCAACAAGAUGCAAAAGAGUUCCUCGAAUUUGUCCUCGACAUGAUGCACGAAGAUCUGAACACGGUAUAUGACAAAGCGCCGCUUCGCGAUCUGACAGAAGAGAUGGAGAUGGCCCGCGAACAACUCCCACGACCAUACGCUGCGAAGAUCGAAUGGAAUCGUUACCUGCAUCGCAACGCCUCUUUGAUUGGAAACCUUUUCGCUGGACAGCAUGCUUCACAGCUCACGUGCAAGAAGUGCGGGAUCACAAGCACCACCUACGAAGCCUUCUGGAGUAUCAGCGUAGAGAUACGACAAGAUAGGGCAUGCGAUAUCCGAGAUUGUUUACGCAGUUACUGCUCUGUAGAGACACUCGAUUCGUCUGAUACGUGGAAGUGUCCACGCUGCAAGAAGCAACGCGAAGCUACCAAGAAGAUAACUCUCACACGCGCACCGGACACAUUAGUUGUCCAUUUCAAGCGGUUCAGCGCCUCGCAUGGCCAAGCCGCGAGAAAGGUCCGCACCCCGGUGCACUUCCCGCUGCAGGGCCUGGACAUGGGACCCUUCAUGGAGCCACCCAUCACACCUGAAGGUGAAGCAAGAGCGCGUGCUACUCACGCACAAACCAAUGACCUGCUGCCUCAGUUGAAAACGGACCCAGCGAUGAAUCCGCCUUAUAUGUACAACGCGUAUGCAAUCAUUUUCCAUCACGGUGCAACGCUGGGUAGCGGACAUUACACAGCCAUCGCAAAAGAUCAAGCGAAGGGUUGUUGGCGGAACUUUAAUGACGACCGCAUACGAGACUUUGAGCCGACGCAGAUCUCAACGGAGGACCGGGAGAAGGCCUAUGUCGUGUUUUACCAGCGAGAACGAGUCGCUGGUGGCAUCUAAAACCCCGUCCUACGAUCUACAUGCUGGUUCUUGCUCUUUUGAUUCUGCUCACUAGUUCGCGUAAACCACGACAUUCUGUGGAUGCUAGCUUCACAUAUCUUUUUGUCUAUAUUGGGCGGGUUGUAUACUUGUUGAUACGAACAUGGCAUGCAUGGCGUUGGUUAGGGCUUUGGAUCUUUUUAGAUGCAUAGGAGGUGUUUUCGGCUUUGGCGACGUUGACCAUCUUAUUACGAUACCAAUUGGCAAUGCAUAUCUCGAGAC